AUGGUAGCUGGUAAUCUACCAAGUGACCUCAUCAUUGAGAUACUCUCGAGACUUCCAGUGAAAUCUCUUUUACGUUUCAGGUGUGUACAUAUAACCUGGCUUUGUCUUUUAAAAUCAUCUUAUUUUAUCACCAAGCACGUUCAGAAUCCAAACAACAAAGAUCAUGAAUUCCUUUGCAUCCAGUACAGGGAUGUUUCAGGUAUCUCUCGAUAUAAGUUGCUUACUCGUGACACAUCGGAAGUCUCUUUAGACCUCAGAAUACCCUUUCCUAGUUUGGAAAGUGUUGUUGGUUCGUGUAAUGGUUUGGUUUGCUUAUAUAUUGAUCAUCCUUUUCCCUGUACCAAGAUUUUGCUUUAUAACCCCGCUCUUAGAGUGCAGAAGAUCAUCCCUGAAUCCACUCUUUCUCGUCCAGAAAGUGGACGUCUGCAUCAUGUGACAUUCGGGUUGGGUUAUGAUUCUGUAAAUAAUGAUUAUAAGGUAGUUAGGGUAGCUUCUUCGGAAUCCCAUAAGGAAGGGAAAUUGGUUUCUAUCACGCAAGCUGAAGUACACACACUGGGAAUGACUUCUUGGAGAGAAGUGGCAAUAUCACCGGGUGUUAACUUUAAGGUAUAUGGACCUCAAGCAUUUUUAAAUGGGGCCAUUCAUUGGUUGGGAAUGGUUUGCAAGAACAAAAAUAUAACACAAGUAAUAGUUAAUUUUGAGGUCAGCACUGAGGUGUUCAAGUUGUUUCCACUGCCAGAUUUUGUUCUAAGGGAAAGAUGGGUUACGUGGACUGAUGUUUAUAAGAAUUUGCUUUGUGUGGUUAGGACUGGGGAUGGAGCAUAUUGUGAGAUAUGGGUGAUGGAGGAAUAUGGUGUUCCAGAGUCAUGGACUAGACUACAUGUUAUUCAACUCUCUUUAAGUUACCCGCUGUGGUUUUUAGGAUUGGGGAUGAAUGGGAAGUUAGUUUUGGAAAAUCUUUGGGGGCUAACUGUGUAUGAUCCUGAUAAUGAAGAAAUUAAGAAUGUUAAAUUCGAUCAUCCAAUAGGCUUGUUUACUAUUGUCACUUACAUAGAGAGUCUGGUCUUUCUCUAG